AUGUCCUGUAGUAGACUUUCGAACAGGUCAAUAUAUUAUUUAGACGAGACGUGGGUCAACGCAGGUGAGACGCAAAACAGAGCAUGGGUUGAUACCACAGGACAAAAGGAACCCUCCGUCAAAGAUACACGGCGACAAAAUGAAUGCACAGAGUGGCAUCUGCACAGAAAAAAAAGAUUAACUGCUUCUUAUUUCGGUAAAAUAUGCAAACUUAGAGUUAAAACAUCACGAGCUAAAACUGUUUCGAAUAUUUUGUACGGUUCAUUUAAUGGAAAUAAUGCAACAAAAUAUGGAACGCAAAACGAAGAAAACGCUAAAUGUGCAUUAUCUGGCAUUUUAAAUAAAACUAUUGUACCGUCGGGAUUAAUUAUUGAUAAAGAUUUGCCGUUUUUAGCUGCUUCUCCAGAUGGUCUGAUUGAUGGAGAUUCACUGGUUGAAAUCAAGUGUCCAAUAACUUCUAAAGAUCUAACUCCUGAAGAAGGUAUAACAAGAAAAAAAAUUACAAGUUGUGAAAUUGUGAAUGGGAAGCUUCGAUUGAAACGUACGGAUACGUUUUAUUACCAAGUACAAGGUCAACUUCAUAUUUCAAAGAGACAAUUUUGUUAUUUUUGUAUUUGGACACCUCGAGGUAUGCUGCAUGAAAAAAUUAAAAGAGACGACAAUUUUUGGUCCGAAAAAAUGUUACAACAAUUAACUAACUUCUACUAUCACUGUUUAUUGCCAGAAAUGGUUGAUUCUCGGUUUGAUAGAAAUUUACCUAUUAGGGAUGGACUUGCAUCAGAAAAUGAAGAUAGUUCCUAG